CGGCUUCCAACUGGUAAUAGGAAAGUCGCUGCAAUGUCGUCGUCAUCCUCAUCCGCAUCACCUCACUCUCACUCACUACAAGCCACCAUUCACCGCUGCCGCAUUGUGCUCUUUACUCAUCUUUCUUUGCUUCUACUCUCUCUAGAACUCUCUCUAGAGCUCUUUCUUUUUCGGUUGCUGAAGAACAGAGCCUAGAGGGGGUUAGAUUACAGUGCUGCAUUUGUUGGAUAAAUCAGCACCCAUUUGCGGGAAACUGAAAUGGAAGGUGGGUCGAGAUCAGAAGCCCCGGAGAGGAGGAAUACACAAAAGGGUCAGAAGCUCGGUUCGGUGCUUCCGGGGCUAGAACCGUUUGUACCAAGAAAAGGCCACGAUCCGAAGGAGCUGAGAUCUUGGGCGAAGAGGACAGGAUUUGUGUCUGAUCUAUCCGGAGAGAGCCAUGCUAGUGUGAGCCAGAGGGCCCAGAAAGACAAUACCGGGAGUUCUGAGCUUGAUUUGGAGAAGGGUCUGGAGAAGCAUGGGUCAUCCUCGCCGAAGAUCGAAAUUGAUCCAGUUCUGGGGCGGACCAGGCAUAGGGGGAUUGAAAUUGAACCAGUUUUGGGGGCCGGGCGCGGGGCGGGCAGGAAUGGGAAUGGUGGGGAUUUGGGGAUUAAAGAUGGGAGAGUGAGAGGUGAGAAUCAGAGGAGAAAUGGGGCCGAAUUCAGUUUGGGGGCUAGAGAUGAAGAGAGCAGGGUUGGCCUGAAUGGGAAUGGGGUUGUAAACGGGGCCGGACAGCGAGCUCCGGCUGCUGAGCCAAUGAAGGAUGACAGAAAUGUGGAAAGCGAAGAGGGGAUUGAUGAUGCGUACCAGGAUGGUGGAGAGCCUGGUCCUGGAGGGUGGAGUCCUGGAAUGAAGCUUGGGCUGAGAGACAAUCCUGGAGUGGUACCACUUAUGUAUUACGGUUUGCAGCACUACUUAUCACUGGCUGGUUCACUUAUUUUCAUCCCCUUGGUCAUUGUACCUGCCAUGGGUGGGACUGAUAAAGACACUGCCACGGUGAUUUCCACGAUGUUAUUAGUGUCUGGCAUUACUACAAUACUGCACUUAUACUUUGGUACCCGUCUUCCGUUGGUUCAAGGCAGUUCAUUUGUGUAUUUGGCCCCAUUGUUGGUCAUUGUGAACUCUGAGGAGAUUCGAAAUCUUACUGAACAUAAAUUUAGGCACAUCAUGAGGGAACUUCAAGGGGCUAUAAUUAUUGGUUCAAUAUUCCAAAGCUUCUUGGGGUUCAGUGGUUUGAUGUCUCUUCUUGUAAGGUUGGUAAACCCGGUUGUGGUUGCACCAACAGUUGCUGCAGUGGGCUUGGCAUUUUUCAGCUAUGGUUUUCCUCAAGCUGGUAGUUGUGUGGAGAUCAGUCUUCCCCAGAUACUACUAGUCCUUAUUUUUACCUUGUACCUCCGCGGGAUAUCUGUUUUUGGGCAUCGAAUAUUCCGAAUUUAUGCGGUUCCCCUGAGUGUUAUUUUGAUCUGGGCAUACGCAUUCUUCUUGACAGCCGGUGGAGCAUAUAAUUACAAGGGCUGCAGUCCUGACAUACCCAGUUCCAACAUCCUAAUUGAUGCUUGCAGAAGGCAUGCGUAUACCAUGAAGCAUUGCAGGACUGAUGUUUCAAAUGCUUGGAGAACUGCUGCAUGGGUCAGGGUCCCUUACCCUCUGCAAUGGGGUAUCCCCGUCUUCCGUUUAAGGACUUCAUUGAUGAUGAUCAUGGUGUCACUGGUUGCAUCAGUUGACUCGGUUGGAACUUAUCACAUUACAUCUGUGCGAAUUAAUUCAAAGCCUCCUACUCUGGGUGUUGUCAGCAGAGGAGUUGGCAUGGAAGGUUUCUGUAGUGCACUAGCUGGACUUUGGGGCACAGGGAGUGGGUCUACAACCUUGACUGAAAAUGUGCACACCAUCAACGUAACAAAAAUAGCAAGCCGUAGGGCUGUGGAAAUUGGAGCAGUUUUCUUAAUUUUCUUCUCAUUCAUAGGGAAAGUGGGUGCCAUCCUUGCUUCUAUACCACAAGCCUUGGCUGCUGCCGUUCUGUGCUUCAUAUGGGCUCUGAUUGUUGCACUUGGUCUCUCCAACCUGCAUUAUUGUCAAACAGGAAGCUUCAGAAACAUGACAAUAGUCGGUGUUUCACUCUUCCUUGGCUUAUCCAUCCCUGCAUAUUUUCAACAGUACCAGCCUGACUCCAGCUUGAUACUGCCCAGCUAUUUUGUUCCCUUUGCGACGGCUUCACAUGGACCUUUCCACUCUGGCAGUGAACAAUUUGAUUUUGCAGUAAACGGGCUUCUAUCAUUGAACAUGGUGGUGACACUACUGGUGGCACUCUUGCUGGACAACACUGUCCCAGGAAGCCGGCAAGAAAGAGGCACGUAUAUAUGGUCGGGUCCUGAAGACAUGACAAUGGAUCCUUUGUCCCUUUCAGAUUAUCAUCUGCCAGAGAAAGUUGCUCGGUUUUUCCAUUGCCCAAAAUGUUUAAGCUGAUGACCAUUAUGCUGCUUGGUGCAUAAAACACUGAGGAGUUCGGCUGUCGAGUGUUCAACCUCUAAACUGUGGCCCAAAAACUUGGAAGCGGUACAGCUCAACCGUAGAUACACAUAUAUAGAUGACAUUCCUCUUACUAUAAGUUCAUAUAAUCCUUUUUUUUUUUUUUUUUUGUUUAGA